AUGUAUAAAGGAAGUUCAUCAUCGGAUAACGAUAUAAGUUCCAUUGGAGAUUACGUAAAUGAAAAUCAUAUUUUAGAAACAAAAGAUACCGCGUCCUGUGGCACAGAUAAAGAGGUUGGUGAUGCGAAGGUGACACCGGAUUUAAAUAAUGAAGUUUCCGAUGAUGAAUUUUUUGACGUAGAUCCACCUGAUGUGCAUGAACCAGUCGAUGAAAUUAAAUUUGAAGUUGUUCAAAGUAAAAUUGGA